AAGUCCCUAUUACCUCACGUUUCAAGUAGUCGCAUCAAUGUUGCAUUCGACUUCUACGUCAUCAGCGGAGACUUUAAUUGAAGAUAAACCUAUAUCUCAAAAGGUCUCUAGGUUGUUGACUAAUUCAAUAGAUGACACUAAAAUGAAAACAUCUUUAGAGGCGCUUUCGGAAUUUUAUACAGUCAAUUCAAUAGAAGAACGCAGAAAUUUAAGGAGGAAUAUUGGACAAAAGGCUAUCGAAACAAAUGGUGUAUUUUUAGAAAUAUUUGGAAAGGUUAUAAAGCAAUUAGAAGUAAUCGAAUCAGAAAUUAAAGAAAUGAAUACUUUUUGUGAUGAGGUCAGCAAAAGUCUCGAUUCAGCCAAUCGUCAGACUUCCUUAUUGCUCGAACAAAGUGAUAAUUUGAAAUCACAAAGAGAAACAUGCAAAACACGGAAAAUUUUAAUCGACGCGUUUCUAGAGAGGUUUACACUUUCAGAAAAAGAAGUUUCUUUACUAUCAUCACCCGAGGCAGAAAUAACUCCGGAAUUCUUUGAGGCAUUAAAACAUUUGCAACGAAUUCAUAGAGAUUGUGAGUCUUUAUUGAUAACGGAAAACCAAAGAGCUGGGCUUGAAAUCAUGGAGAGAAUGAACUCUUACAAGGAAACAGCUUUUGAUAAAUUAUACCGGUGGACUCAAAAAGAAUCUCGUGAUUUGGGCCACGAAGUACAAGAGAUACCAGUGGCUUUAAGAUAUGCAUUAAAAGCGUUAAAACAACGUCCCGUUUUAUUUCAAUCUUGUCUUGAAGAACUUGUCCACGUAAGAAGGAACGCGAUCACACGCUUAUUCAUAGAAGCAUUGACUCGAGGCGGUCCUGGAGGUACUCCUCGUCCGAUUGAAAUGUUAGCACAUGACCCUUUGCGUUAUGUUGGAGAUAUGCUAGCUUGGGUGCAUCAAAAUGUUGCCAGUGAAAAGGAAUACCUAGAAGGACUAUUUGAGCCAAAAAAACAAGAAGUAGAGACUAAUGACAAAGAAGUGACGUGGGAAAGCGAUGACAUCAUAAUCCAGGAUCUUUUAGACCGUAAUUUAGAUGGUACAUGUCGUUCAUUGAAGACCCCAGGCUCAGAUUUAAUGCCUCCGCCUGCAGUGAAAGAAACAGUGCUGCAGUUGAGAGAAAUUAUGACUUCUUAUGAAACAUCUUUGGUCACGGUUACUGAGCGUGAAGAAGAUUUCCGUGCGGUCUUAGAUGCGAUACUGGAUCCUUUGUUCCAAAUGUGUGAACUAGGCACGAAAGAUUUGUCUCGAUUCAAGCAAGCUAUUUAUAUGAUCAAUUGUCUUUAUUGUGUACAGUCGUCAUUAACCAUGUACUCAUUUACUCAUGGAAGAGUUAUGUCAUUAGAAAGGCAAAUUGAAGAGAAUAUGGAAAUACUGGUGGAUGGACAGUAUACAAAGCUGUUGAAGCAAUCUGGAUUGGGACCAAUAGUUCGGGCUAUGGAAACUAGAGAUGAAAAUACACCAUUAUCACUUAUGUCUAACAUGGACACCAAUUCCUUAACUAACAUAAUGGCAAGAUUAGACUCAUUCUUAUCCUUAGCCGACAGCGACACAUUCAAAUUACAAGGAAUUCCUCCAGAAUUAACCAAGAAAGUUAAUAAGAGAGUGGGGAAAAUGUUUGUUGAGACUUAUAAAAGAAUAAGUGAUGCUAUAAAGGAUCCGAAAAAUAGAUAUGAAUUUCCAGCAACUAUUCUUGCUAAAACUGUUGAUGAGAUCGAAAAUAUAUUAGUAGUUGAUUAA